AUGAACGCGAAGAACGGGGAGGUCUAUUCUACACUAGCAGACAUUCAGAUUAAUCUAAAUGAUAGGUGUAUACUAGCAAUGGAGCAGUCUCUCUAUACGCUGUCUGUCUUCUACGCUACGAAUGGAAAUUUGGGGAUUCGUCUAUCAAAUAAAAGAAAAUUAAGGAUCGAUAAAGCUGAAAAGUUAAUAACUAUUAUGGUGACAAUUAAUCGAAGCGAACUGCCUCUAAUUAUAAUAAUAAGCGUAUUUUUGGGGGAACUGAAAGAUGGAAAUGGUUAUCAUAAAUUAUCCAACCUUAAUAUCUUUGGAAGAAUGGAGUUAAGUGUGCCCGACAUAUCGAUAUUUUAUUUCCGGUUUCUGACCAAACGCAUCAUCAAAAAGGAGAGCACAAAAAUAAAAUUGAAUAGAAGACUUCAAAAACUGAAAAUUGGUGGCGGGAUUGGACAACCCCUGCUAUGUUCUUUUGCUCCGCCCACCCGCAGCGCAAUGCGCAAUCCAAUUACGAUGAAGAAUAGUCCUCACAUAGAGGGACGUGGGUCCAUUACCAAUCUGAACACGAAGAACAAAAAUGUGGAUGAGUCUAAAGUUUUUUCACGAGUAGCUGCCCAGCUACAGGGCCUCCAAGUUGGGCAGUAUUGUGGGUUCGGUACACGAUAUAUAUCUAGUCAAGUAUAUAUACCUGUUAAAAUUCAACAUUGUAGCACUUUAAACUAUAUUCCCACAAAAACGCCGCAGGAACCGCAGGAUAUCCUGAACAGCUUUUGGAGAUAUUUUUUGGGCCACCCUGUAGGUAUAACAGGAUUGCCGAACUGGCCAGCAGGGGAUGUCGUUGCAGCGGAGCCAUGUGAGGGCUACUAA